AUGAAUGGCAUAACGUAUGCCUCGGAAUGUGUUUCGCUCUCACAUGCCGUUCCAGUGGACUACUAUUCAAACUGCAAUCACACCCACUCUUGCCAUCACAUCCAGUGCCCACAACAGCCUCUCUGUCCCCAACACUUCCAACACAUAUUGGACAACAAUUGCUGUCCAUUCUGUGGAUCAGUAGCUAAACUCCAAUACGAUACCAAUGCUAUCAAUGCCAUCGAUGGCCAGCAAAAGAGCAAUUAUGCGGUGACUGUGGAAGAGAUGGCAAAACAUUUGUCUCAUUUGAUACGAUUGUUUGGCUGCCAGUCCUUCGCCUACUUGGGUAUCGACGGCUAUAUCGUACUAAUGGUUAGGCCGACAGCCAUAGCGCCAAAGAUGUCUCACUUGAAUGACUGUCACCGAGAAGUGGUACGAGUGGUGACUCUCGUCAACAAUCAGUCGCCUAUUAUUAGCCUUCAGUUCCCGUUAUCUCUACUAAUGAGAGGACAUGUGAAGCACUUAUCGGACACUCCAUUGCACUCCGAGUCAAUAAUACAACCGCCGGUUGUUUGCAAGAGUGCCGGCAAUCGAGUGAACAAAUCGAUUAAAGGCGGGAACAGACCGAAGGGAUUAGUUGUGGCCAUAUCUGCCAAUGUCUGCAACUCUGGACACAAUGUGUUUGUCGUGCAGUUCACGAAGUCGUCGAUUUGUGUCGUAGGGAUCAUACACUGGUUGAGGGGACAGGGAGUGGACAGCAGUUGUCUCAAUUGA